AUGAGUUCCAGAAAUGCUAAGAAGUGUGCAAAUGAAAAAAUAAGUACAACUAACUCAAAUAAAAGAGGCCGCAAAAAAAAAGAAAUAGUUGAUCCACCAGAUGACCCUUAUGAUCCUUUAGAUAGUGUUUUUAUUUCACGUAGUGAUAUUACAAGUGUUAAAAAAGGUUACAAAAAGCAGCAAGAGAUAGUUGCUUCUACGUCUUUAAGCGUCCAUAAUGAUGAUAAAGCACAAAAUAAAAAUAAAAGAGGACGCAAAAAGAAGCAAAAAAAAACUGUACCUCAACCAUCACUAAUUGUUACUAAACUUUCA